AUGUCGACCCCCGUGUCGAACCGCAAAUAUGGAGCACAAAAAGUGCGACUCACAAUUUUGUGUGCAAGAAACUUGGUCCGAAGAGAUCUAUUUCGUUUGCCUGAUCCUUUCGCUAAAAUCUCAGUUGAUGGAAGUGGCCAGGUUUACUCAACAAAUGCAGUUAAAGGCACCCUUGACCCAAAGUGGAACACUCAUUAUGACCUAUAUCUGACUAAAGGAGAUGGAAUAACUAUUAGUAUUUGGAAUCAAAGAAAAGUACACAAAAGACAAGGUUCUGGAUUUCUGGGAUGUGUAAGAAUACAGCCAUCAACAGUUCACAAGUUAAAAGAUACAGGAUAUCAAUGUUUAGAGCUUUGUGAAGAUGGCUCAGGAGAGACUUGUGGUGUAAGGGGUCAAGUCAUAGUGUCAUUGCUUUCCCGAGAUGGAACAAGAGGAGAACCAGCAUCUGCAGCAGGCGAAGGUUCUCCUUUAGCUGUCGUAGGCCCUGCUGGUGACGUCCGUCCACCUAGAGACCCUCCAAUGAAUACAAAUACAACACCAGUCCCUCUGCCUCCACAUUGGGAAGAGAGAGUAACACCUAGUAGCAGGCCAUACUAUGUGAACCAUGCACUUCGACGUACACAAUGGGAACGUCCAACAAUGGAUGGUUCGAACACUGUCGCAGCGGCAGUAGCUUCGCCCCCGUCGUCGCCUUCCCCGCCGGCCACUUCGCCUGCAACAACUCUAUCACCCUCGUCACCACUGUCACCGACAUCUGAUACAGAUGUUAACGGCAGCACUUCCAUUUCAUUAAGACCUGAGCCACAACCGCAGACUGCGGUUCGGUCCCGUCAAGUGAAUACAGUUGAGUCGCCGACUAGCCCCGUAUCUCCAACUUCGCCUGCUACCCCUACGACGUCGAUUACUGCCACGGACCUACCACCAGGCUAUGAGAUGCGGACGACAGCUCAGGGCCAGGUGUAUUUCUACAACCGUGUGAGCGGCGCGUCGACAUGGCACGAUCCGCGCGUACCGCAACACUUGCGGCACUGCGCCGCCGCGGCCGGCCCGCUGCCCCCCGGCUGGGAGAUGCGACACGCGCCCUCCGGCCGGCCCUACUUCGUGGAUCACAACAACCGCACCACGCAGUUCACUGACCCGCGGCUCGCCCUCUCCGUGCGCUCGCCGCAGCCCGACCCGCCCCCUGUGUCGUCCCCACCAAUAAGCCCCGCUUCGAACCCGCCCACAAACGAACCGCACGAUUCUGACGCGCUGCCCAAAUACAAGCGGGAUCUGGCGGCGAAGGCGCGCGUUCUACGGGCAGAGCUGCAAGCGCUGCAACCGCAAACUGGCCACUGUAGGAUAGAGGUGUCACGCAAUGAGGUACUCGAAGAAUCAUACCGGUUAGUGAUGAAACUACGCGGUAAGGAGUUAAGGAAGCGCCUCCUAGUGAAAUUCCGUGGCGAGGAAGGCCUUGACUACGGUGGAGUAGCCCGGGAGUGGCUCCACUUGUUGGGACGGGAGCUGUUCAAUCCACAAUAUGGACUGUUCCAGUACGCUAAUUCGGGCGACGACAGAUACGCGCUGCAAAUCAACGCUGACUCUGGGGUGAAUCCCGAGCACCUUUCGUACUUCCAUUUCGCCGGGCGCAUACUGGGCGUGGCGUUGUUCCACGGACACCAACUAGACGCGGCCUUCACGGUACCCUUCUACAAGCAGCUACUGGGCCGACCAAUCACCCUGCGGGACAUACGCGACGUGGACCCGGAACUGCAUCGAUCCCUGUCCUGGAUGCUCGAAAACAGCAUAGCGGGCGUGAUAGACACCACCUUCUCCGUAGAAUGCUCGUCGUUCGGCGCAGUUCGCAGCGUCGAGCUGCGGCCGGGCGGCGUCAACGAGACUGUGACGGAUGCGAACAAACGCGAAUACGUGCGUUUAUACGUAGCGCACCGAUUCACGCGCGGCGCCGAACGGCAAUGGCUCGCGCUACAACGGGGCCUAGCCGAUUUAGUACCGCCUCAGCUACUACGCCCCCUAUCCCCAAGAGACUUGCCGCCUUUAUUAGCAGGACGCGCCGACCUCGACCCCGCUGACUGGAAACGCCAUACACGCCUCAAACAUCUCACACCCGACGCGCCGAUUCUCGCCUGGUUCUGGGAAAUCGUAGAAGAUUUUGACGCCGAAAUGCGCGCGCGCCUCCUUCAAUUCGUCACCGGGUCUAGACGAGUCCCUUUAGCCGGAUUCCGCGCCUUACAGGGCUCUACAGGGGCCGCAGCCCCGCGUCUCUUUACCCUACAUCUCGUCGCCGACGCCUCCCCAGAUUCCCUGCCGAAAGCCCAUACCUGCUUCAAUCGGCUCGAUCUCCCGCCGUACCCUAACAAGGAGAAACUCCACGAUAAACUGAAGCAGGCCGUUUUAGAGACCGCCGGUUUCGCCGUCGAAUGA